GCAUGCGCAGUGCGUCUCGGCGGGUAGAGGGGUUGCAGCAGCAGCAGUACUCUUUUGUUUGGCGGAGGCGGAUCGAACGCGGGAGGCCCCUCGUCCAACAAUCGGCCCCCUCCUUUCUCUCUCUCUCUCUCUUUUUGUGCCUGCGCUUCUCCUCCUUCUCCUUCUCUUUGGCCGCCGAAGCUCCUCUUUCUCUCGCGCUCCGUCUCCCUCCGUCCGUCCGUUCCUGUUUCUUUAAACAUUCCCCCUCGCGCUUCCUUGGUGGGGCUUAAUAAGCCUCCUUUAAACCGCAAAAAUGGCGAGCACAAUGGGAAAAAAGCAAAACAAGAAGAAAGUGGAGGAGGUCCUGGAAGAGGAAGAGGAGGAGUAUGUGGUGGAGAAGGUCCUUGACAGGCGGGUGGUGAAAGGCAAAGUGGAGUACCUGCUGAAGUGGAAGGGCUUUUCAGAUGAAGAUAAUACAUGGGAACCAGAGGAAAACCUUGAUUGCCCUGACCUCAUUGCGGAGUUCCUACAAUCCCAGAAAACGGCACAUGAGAGUGACAAGUCAGAGGGAAGCAAGCGCAAGGCUGACUCAGACUCUGAGGAUAGAGGGGAGGAAAGCAGACCAAAGAAAAAGCGAGAAGAGACUGAAAAGCCUCGGGGUUUUGCAAGAGGGUUUGAGCCAGAGCGGAUUAUUGGUGCUACAGAUUCCAGUGGGGAGCUCAUGUUCCUGAUGAAAUGGAAGAAUUCAGAUGAAGCUGACCUAGUCCCUGCCAAGGAAGCUAACAUCAAGUGCCCACAAGUGGUCAUCUCAUUCUAUGAAGAGAGGCUCACAUGGCACUCCUACCCAUCAGAGGAUGAUGACAAGAAAGAUGACAAGAACUAGUCUGUCUACCCUCCUAUCCCCAUCCCUCCUCUGGUCAACUUUUGUAUUAAAACAUCAGACUGUGGGUUUGAACAUAAGUUUGAGAGGAAGUGGAGAGGGUCUUGGCUGGGGAAGAUGCCCUCUGUAGAAACAGGACAAUUUCUGUGCCCUCAGCAGUUUGGUAUGGCAGCACACUUGCUCCCCUUCCUUCCUUCCUUAUCAUAUUUACAUGGGGAAGGAGGGGAGAAUGGGUGAGUGUUUCCAAGCUCUUCCUUGCUUGGAGGAUGGAACAAAAAUAACUCCAUGCAGGACAAAGCCUGAGGGCCGGACUGGCUGCCAAAUGGGACAGCAGGUGGAGGCUGCUUGUUCUUUGAAGACCAUCUCUGUGAUUUGCAGCCUUUCACCCCAUAUAGUGUUAACUGCAUUUUACAGCUUAGCAUGUGUGUAGAUUUUCUUUCUUUCUUUUUGCUAUUCUUGGUGUAUUGUUGUGGUAAGGGAGGGUGCAUUCUGAUUGAUUUGGGGUGGUUCCGUGUUUAUAAAAACUCAUGUCUCUAAGUGAAAUUGACUUACUUUUAACUGAAAGGCUGGUGAAUAUGUGUCCAAGUGUUAAAAUUAUCAUGUGAGACUGCAGCCAGCUGCCACAAUUGUCAAUCCUUCCAGAUUGGAGAGGAGAGAGCUUCCUCUGAUAUUUUGAUGAAGUGAGAGCAGUAAGCUCCCGAAUUUAAUUAUUUUUUCCCCUUCUGCAUCAUUUCUAUUCUGCAACUUUAGGGAGCCCUGCCUAAUUUUUAUUUUGUUUAAUGUAAAUUAAUUUGAGAAUCAAGGUUUUAGGGAGCAGAGAAGGAAAACAGGAGUGAAAAUUUAUCUUUACAGCACAAUGGCUUUCAAACAUUGAGUAGCAAGCUAUCUUCUCUUCAGAUUUGGGCAUUAGUGAUUGUUUUCCUUGCUCUAGUCCUCUACUGAUUUCAUUUUUUAAUCUAGCAUAAUUCAUUUUUAAAAAGCAUAUAAUUUUCCUGAACCUUAGCAAGCCACCAAUUCUUCCUCUUUCACAGGACAGUAUGUAUGUAGAAAUGUAUUGUACAAACCUUUUUUUUUUAAUAAAAAAUAAAAGCAUGUGUUUUAGGUUUCUGUGAAAAUGUUGUCUAAAACUUAAGUGUUUGGAUUUUAACUUCAUACUGAGCUGUCUUUUUGUCUCAAUAAAACUUUAGAUUUAUA